AUGGGUACUACAAAUCUCCUCACUGCAAGCAACGGUAUCAAAUUGAAUGGUGUCAACUUCGUCUCCUCUUUCUCAGACAAACCUAACUACCACUUAGCUCACUACUUGGCUCGUUGUUUGUCACAGACGACUCGUAGAGUCCGUACUUUAUGUUGUUCUCGUGAGACGUCUCUGAAAGCUGUGACGUCGUUAGAGAGGCCUGAGGCAGAAACAAGUAGUGACACUGACGGAAUUGGAAUCGUCCGUUUUUUAAAAGGGAAAAGUUACCUCGUUACGAGUGGAACAGGUUCUUUGCUACAGUUGUUGAUUGAGAAAUUGUUGAGAGCAAGUCCUGAGAUUGGGAAGGUAUACCUUCUGAUGAGAUCCAAAAAUCAAGAAUCAGCCGAAAAGACACUCUGUGAUGAGAUUAUAAGCUCGGAUCUGUUCAAGCUUCUGAAGCAAAUGCACGGGAGCUCUUACGAAGCCUUCAUGAAGAGUAAGUUGAUUCCAGUAAUUGGAGACAUUGGAGAAGACAAUCUAGGGAUGGAAUCUGAAAUAAGAGACAAGAUUAGUGAGGAAAUUGAUGUCAUUAUCAGUUGUGGUGGUCGUACAACAUUUGACGACAGAUACGACUCUGCACUAAGUGUCAAUGCUCUUGGACCUGGUAGACUUUUGAGCCUCGGAAAGGAGUGCAAGAAACUGACACUUUUCCUCCACUUUUCAACUGGCUUGACGACACCAAUACAACGAGUCUGAUAGAGGAGAU